AGUUGUGCCAUACUGAUUCAGGAGUGCAUUUUUUUUAAACUAAACACUGCUUUAAACUUCUCUACAAUCUUAUACUUAACCUGCCUGGUGUGUUUUUUACCACAGUAUAUAGAUUUUUAUUUGUAAAAGAAACUGAAAUCCAUGUAUUGUUUUCAUUGCACUUGUGCUGGUCUAUCACACAAAAUUCCAUAAAAUGUUUUAAAAUGUAUCGUUCAUGUUUUGGUUGCAAUUUCUAGAAAAUUUCCAGGAAACCUUUCAAGAGUUGUGAAAACUUCUGCAAGACUCAUAGUCUUGCAUGAGAGGAGCUGACACAGCUGCAGGGUUGAUUGAAAACAGUAACAAUUAAAAAAUGGCAAAUAAAAAGGUUUAACGGUAAUCUCAUACCGUAAGCACGUCAAAACAUAAAUAUCUCUACCAAGCAGCAGUGUCGUUACAGAUGUGCAUAAAAAGUUAAUCAAAAAGCUGCAGCAGAUCCAGAACACUGCUGCUCACAUUUUCACUAAAACUAGGAAAAUGGAGCAUAUCACCCCAGGUCUAAAGUCCUUCUACUGGCUCCCUGUAGCUCAAAAAAUAGACUUUAAAAUACCUUCGUUAGUUUAGAAGACACUGAACGACUUAGUACCAACAUAAAUUAAAGACCUGUUGUUGUUGUGUCAACCUUACAGACCACUCAGUUCUUCACGUUCAAAUACUCUGCAUCCCCAGACUGGUGAAGAAAGAGUUCAAGGUUUUGCAACAGCACUCCUGUUAAUUUAAUUCAAAUUAAAUAGGUGUGUAAGGAUUUUUUUGUAUGCAUUGUAGAGUAUCAACCUAAAGGAAUAUUGAUUCUGAAAACAGACUGUUAAUCUCCCAGUAGUCAAAGCUUAAUUUCAUCCUGAUUAGCUUGUUUGAAAAUGGAUCUAAAUUAGGUUGAACUCCCACAUAUUAAACUAAAACAUACUAUUAUUAUGCCCAUUGUCAUAAAGAGAUAGAAAAAUGCACUGAUAUAUUUUAACUAAUUUUAAAUUUAAUGCCAGGAUUCUCUUGCAAAAGCAAGUUUUAAUCUCAGUUGGAUUUUCUCUGGGAAAUAAAGGUUAAAAAAUAAUAAAGCACCAUCUUGAUGUGGCAUCCAUUGGCAUGAUGAGUAAAGGGACUGAUUACCUUUUUUAACAUUGUGGAGUACAUUUAUAAUAAAUUGAUUGACUGCUAUUUUGGUCAAUACUGGUUCGUCAGCAGUGGUCCAACCUCUUCAAAAAACAGCACUCUAAAUAAAUGUGAUGCAACUUUUCUAAAAUAAGAUUGAAACUACUAAAACAAACAUCUCAAAUAUUUAAUUAUAGUUGUAUUUUAUUAGUAGUCUUCAACUUCCUGGUGUAAAUCUUCACAUAGAAAUUUCAAAGUAGCAUUUAAAACAGACGUGUGUAUUAAACUUGACCCAAACAAUCUUUUGUGUAGUUGACAUUGCGAAAACACAAGAGUCCCUUUAUGUUUCAGUAUAUGUUUUUUUCACUUUGUUUAUUGUAAAAGCUACUAGUUUCUAUAACAGAGGGACAGUUCUUAUAAAAUAAAAUAAGAUGGCUGCUAGGAAGAGCUUUUACUUUGAUUGUAUCUGUUUAUUUGGAUUUAGCAGAAACAUGAGCCCCACUUUGGUUUAUUUCCAUUUUAAUCACUGCCUACAUGCUAGUUUUGCAGAUUUCAUGUGGAUAAGCAUCUGGCUGGUAGCGACCUCUAAGAAACACACUGUAUCUUGAUUGCUGAUUUACACAAUACAUUUGCUGCUUUCCAGACAGUUUGGAAUAAAUUCUUUGUUUUUCAUCUGUUUCCAUGGGGUAAAAUAGGACAGGUCACACUUUCUUUGUGACUUAUACCAGGACACAACUUUGGUAAAAAUGCAUCAGCAUAUGCAUCGAGCUCUACACAUAAAAAAAAAAAAAAAAUUAACAAAGCAAUUCUGUUCUGUUUGACCAGGCGCUUUCAGCUUUUUCAUUCUUGGAUCUUGGAUCUCUUCAUGUCCUCGCUUCAUAAAGGAAAAAUAUCUAAACUGGUUUCAAAAAUGUUUUUCUGUUGCUCUACUAUUUAUAGUUGUUACUAGCGAAAAACAAAAAGGUAUAAGGAUGAAUUAGACAAACGUCUUAUGGUUUACUGUUAUCUGAUAAUCUGGGAUGAUAUGUUGCUUGGAUUAGUUCUUUCCAAGCGAAGGUACAUUCAUUUAUAAAACACUUUAAAAUCAGACCGCACUGAACAAAAUGCCGAAUAUUAAGAAUGACUUGUUGAAUAAAGUGAAAAUUAAAGCAAAAAUAAAUUGAUUAAAAGCAGAAGUAAAAUACCUAAAAAAAUAGAAUGAUAUGAGGUAAACAUAUCAGCAAUGAAACUUUACAUAGAUAUGAAAAAAAAAAUCAAAAUAAGAUUAACUUUUACAAAGGCCCAAGGGAAGAGAUGGAUAUAACCAUAUUUAACCUAACCAUCUUUAAAACCAUUUUAACCAUGUAAUUUGGGAAUUGCAAUUAUAAAAGCCCUCUGACCUCUGAGUCCUUGACUGUGUCCUCCAUCAGUGACUGGUCAGUUAUUCUGUAAAAGGAACCUGUAGUGCAGGAUCAGUAGCUUCCACACAUUUUAACUGUGUUGAAGUAAAAAAAAAAAAAAGAUUUAUGCAAAGAGAUAAAGCGAUAUGGACAAAGAAAUAAAUAAAAUAACCCCCCGCUUCCCUGAAUUCUAUCAAGAACUGCAGAACUUUAUGUAUUAAUAACAACACCUUCCUAAGUAUCAAUGUAUUGAUUUACAAAUCCUAUUUAGUGUUUACAGUGCAAAAAUGUUUGAGUAUAAUCAGAAAACAAUGCAGAUCAGGUUUACACCACAGUUUGUGACUCUUCUCCACUGUGUGAAAAUGUUUAAUAUUGGUGGACCCACAUCCUGUCUGUUAGACCAAAUGAAAUUUCUUUCUUAGAAUUUUAAAGCUUACCUUUAUCAUUGUUCUUGAGAUUUCCUGUUUCUGAUGAAAUCAUAAAAUAAUAUUUUAGUGCAACUAUGUAACUUUGAUAAUCACAAUAAGCAGUAGUAGUCAGAUGAAAUGCUUUUCUUGGUAAAACAUGUUUGCAAAUGUUGUGUAUAGACUAUGUUUUGUGGGAGCAGCCGCCAUAUUGGAUAUUGAUUUUAGAGUUGCUUAGGCUCUAACUUGGAAAGUUGGAUGUCUGGCUUCAGGAAAACGAUUUAAUUAGGUUAUUUUUUAUUAGAAUAAAUAAGCCGCGCACAACUUUCAAAAUUGGAAUAGUUCUAUCUAUCCUCCUAGCUUUUUUUGCUGCAUUAUUGAACCAUUAAAUUCAAAAGUACCCAUAAGCACCUUUGGCUGGGCCUGUGUGGUUAAAGCUAGUUUAUUUGCUGUCAAUCAAGUUUCCACCCGCAGCUGUUCCCAAUCCAGACCGCGAAUCAGGCUCUCACACCAGGCAGCGGGUUUCCUCAGAGCAGCUCUGCCCGGUGCACCUACAGCUUCAGACUUUUCAGAAUUAGAUUUUAUUCCUGUCGUUGCUCCUGUGAAAUGCCAUUUGUCGAGGACCCCGCUUGUCUCUCUAAAUCUCGCCUGAAGUCAGAUUUAGUUGCUCACAAUGUGGAGCUGCCACCUGCAGGGAGCAAGAAAGAGGCUUAUGUGGCGCUGCACCUGAGACACGUCGACCAGACAAAUGCUGCGGAUUUCUCCAGUGAUGACGAUCAGGAGCACAAUGUGGCAGGAGGGGAUCCAGAAGGCGCAAAGGAGCUUGACCCGAGUGCAUUGACGGAUAAGGAUCUCAAGGCUUUGUUAUUCAAAUAUGGAGUUAAGGCUGGGCCCAUUUUAGCCUCCACCAGGGCAGUGUAUGAGAAGAAGCUCAGGAAACUGCUUCAGUCUGCUGGAGAGGGGGAAUCGAAUGAAGCAGAUAAUGCUGUGCUCUACUCCGACAGUGACGAGGAAGACGUGAGUGAAAAGGACGAGGAGAAAGAAUUGGAGGGAGAGCAAGAAAAAAAGUCUGAAGCAUUGGAGCUGAACCAACAACAGUGCAACGAGAAAAAUGUGCCAGCUCAGAAGGGUGACUUUUUUUAUCCACAGUGUUUUUUCUUAUCAUCAAGACUGCGUCCUUGUCCUCCUAGAAACAAUGAACGUAGUUCCAAGAGGAAUUCAAAGAAUGCAUUAAAAUCAUCAGAGCGAACUCGUCCACACCGCUCACAGACUCCUGCAGGAAUUAGCAAAGUAUCCUCUAUAGCUCAACACUCAGGAUUAAGAUCAGGGGUUCCCUCUGGAUCUCAGUCAGUGGUGUCCAGUAGUUGCUCAUCAUUUUCCUCACAGGAUUUCAGCAUCACUCAGAUGGUUGAAAAGGAAAGUUGUACUUCAAGCCUUAUAAAUUCACAUUUUACAGCUUUAAAAAUUGAAAUGUUUAUGUCUCUGUAUUUAUUCAACACACACUCCCACCGCAAACUAAUGCCAAACGACAACAACAAAAAAAAACAGAUGGAGAGUCGGAGCGCACCCUCUGCUUGCUCCUACAGUAAGCCGGAACAUUGGUCCCGCUCCAGCAGGCUGGACACUGACAUUGAAGACAAGGACACAGUCGUGGAACAGGCAGUGCGCUACACUCCCAAGGACUCCACUUGUGUAAAGGAAAUCAAGGAUCCAGUGAAAGAUAUUUUAAAGGACCUUCUUCCAGACACAAAGACAUCACCUACAGGGAUUUAUGCCACUCCUAGGAGACCCAUCAAGGGUGCAGCUCAGCAGCCCAUCCAGUAUGCAUACCCAGACACUCCAGUCAGCCCCACAACCUUAGAGAGACAAGAGGUGGCGAGACGUCUUGCACCCGUCUACGUCCAGGUUUUGGUCUUCUUCGCUGUGAUGUGCAUCCUUUUCUUCAUAUUUGUUAAUGUUGAGAACACCAACAGUGUGGUAUCCUUGCUGGAACGUCAAAACCAGAGGCCAGAUGGUGAAGAGGGAAUCCCAGCGCUAGAUGAGACACAGGAUGCAGCAUGUGGAGAGCUUUAACUUUUUUUUUUUACCAAUCUAUGCUGACGUAAAGGUGUGAGCUUGCUGAUUUAAUGGCCGAGACUUGACCAUUGUUAUUAGUUAAGAAUCUGCCAGUCCAGUUUAACACUUCUGAAUAUUUUGCUUGACUUUAACAUUAAAAUGUUCUUAUCACUAUGUUGGCCAUUGACAGAACACUUAUUUAGGGGAAGGGGAGAUUUAUUCCUGACUUAAAAUUGUAUUGUGUAUUGCUAAUUUAGAUUCUUUAAUCUGUAUUGUAUCACUUGUAUGAUUUUAUACUUGAUUGUUCAAUAAAAUAUAUUUUGCUUCAUAUAUUUAACAAAUUGGCUUGGAGGGGAAAAUUGUUUUUAAUCUUGAAAACCUAAAGCAUUAAAUAUCUUAAAAAUUCAGCUCUGCAUGGUACUUUCUUCAGACAUCCUUUGCAUACAUUUCUGAAGAAUUUCUCAUUCUGUAAAUGUAUAGUUGAAGAGGUUACGAGGGCAACAAAGUGGACCAACAGGAAAUGGAAACCUGUGCAAGCCAAACUUUUCCUGCCACCCAUCUUUUGUUCACAAUCUGUGUAUACCUCGUCUAAUUUCUGUAAUACUUAUUUAUAAACACAAGCACCUGUUAGAAGGAAGAUUUAUAUCUGUUUGAAAAUUAAAGUAUUCAUUUCACUAAA